AUGUUUCCGCACCGCGGCGUGCUCGUUGUCGGUUUUCUCGUGGCUUGCGGCUCGGCCUGCCACGCCCAGCUGCUGCUGGGCGCAGGGAGGGCCGGCUGCCCCAAGCCCAAGGCUCUGAGUGCCGCCGCCACCAGCGACACGGCCGUCUCCCUGACUUGGCAGGCGGGCGACGGUGGCAGCCCCGCGACCUGCGGCGGCUACCUCAUCGCCAUCUUCAAGGACGGCCAGCCAGCCGGGUCCGGGAAGAGCUUUGCAAGCAGCGUCCCUGCCGCCAUCAUCAGCGGGCUCUCCCGGGGCGCCACCUACACCGUGCAAGUGCGGGCGCUGAGCCGCCUGGGCCUCGCCGCCAGCGAGCCCGCCCAGCUGACCGGCGUCGCCACCUCCGUGCCCUCCCCUGCGGCCUCCUCGGCCGCCGCCGGCGCCUCGGGCAGCGCUGCCGAAGACGCGUGGGCGUGCGUGGCGGCCCAGGGCUACCCCGUGUGCGCCGCAGGGUCUGCCGGCCUGUGCACUCCCAUCACCUGCGCAGAAAUGGCCCGCCUGGGGCGCUGCGCCGCCCCCUACAUCCGGGUUCAGGACUGGCAGCGCCGCACGCUGACCCAGCACUGCGCCGCAGAGUGCGGCGGGUGCGCGGGCAGGGCGGUGCCGCGCCUGGCCGACAGCAUGGCGCCGCCCCAGGCUUACUGCUGCGCUUUCAACACCGGCGCCUACUUUGCCGGGCCGGGCGGCGCGGCGGUGGCCGCCAAGUAG